AUGUCGACACGACCCCAGCUCUUUACCCGUGGCCUAUCUGGCUUGUCCCAGACCACCUCGGUCAAUGACGCCCAGUCGCCCGCUGAACAGCGCGACGAUGCAAAGCGCAACUUUUUGAAGACGAUGCGGCCGAUGCCGACCCAGCAUUACUGGCACGUCUAUUUUGACAGGCAAACCAAGGAACAAAAGCCUGACGACCAGGAAUACAAGGCCGAGCUCGAGAAGCUCGGCUCCCAGAUCGAAUCUGUCCAAGACUUUUGGCGAUAUGCGAACAAUACACCUGUCGACCAGAUCAAGAUGCGAGAAUCCAUCUAUCUAUUCAAGCAAGGCUUCGUGCCCAUUUGGGAGGAUCGACGCAACAUAAACGGCGGCAGCUGGACUUUCCGUGUGCCCAAGUCUAUCGGGCCGAAAGUCUGGACCCGUAUACAGAUGUUGGCUAUUGGCGAGCAGCUGCAGAGCGUCCUAGACGAGAACGACCAGCUGUGCGGCGUUGGCCUAUCCGUGCGCUUCAACUCACACCUCAUCACCAUCUGGCACCGCGAUUCAUCCAAGCAAAACUCGAUCGAUGCCAUACUGGCGUGCGUCAUGGAAGACUUGCCAGAGGAGCUUCGUCCAAAGCCCGAUAAUUACUUUUACAAAAGACACCGCGACCACAGUGGAUUCAAGGCACCGCCAGAGCUGCAACCAGUCCUUGCGUCUCAGGACCGUGCCGAAGCGGCUUCGAACGGGGCUAAUCAGCCUGUAGUCACAGUUGAUCCUCCCUCAGCUCACUAG